AUGCUUCGAGUGAAGAGAACGGGUGAAGCACGCACGAUGAUCAAGUGCUUGGCUCAAGUCUGAUCGGUGUGGCAGGAGGAUCAGCUGCGAACUUUUGCGACGGCAUGAGAGACAACGGAACCGCCGAAAACGCUGACGACUGUCGGGAAACUCGCUGAGACAGUUUUUGAUUUGUUUUACUGAAUACGAAAGUGUACCAAUCUGAAUUUAUAGGGAUGUUUGCAGAUUUCAGAUCCUUUCCAUAUCGAGUUAGGAGCGUUUUGCCCCACCACCCCACCAAUCACACUCAAAUCAAUCGGCGCCCUCCCCAGCGAAUCACAGUCAGCCAGCAGCUCAAGCGCGCCGAUUGCAGUAUGCGCGCCGACCAGCCGUCGCAGGCAUGCCCGUGGCGCGCCCUCCGCCCGUUCCCCGCGCGUCCCACGCCGCUAUGGACUGCUCAAUCUCCAUUCCCAUUCCCAUUCCCCACGCUGUCGCCGCGGCCACCCCUCUAGUACCUCACCUCUCCGCCUCUUGCGCAAAUCGCCGCGAAUUGCGGCCAAUCAGGCACGAUGCCCAGAAGGUGGUUGCCGCGCGCCUGCUGUCUGGCUUCCCCUCCUCUGGUCGCAUCGGCGGAAGCUCCGCCUUGGCGCACGAAAGCGGGGCGGGGAAGCGGAGAUGGCGGAAGGAGGGCGCGAGGGAGGGCGUGGCAGGUGGACGUGGGGAGGGCGAGCAGGGGGAAGAGGAAGAGGGGGAAGGAGAUUGGGGGGAGGGAGGUGAAGAGGAGUGGGAGGAGGGUGGGGUGGAAGAGGAUUUAGAGGAGGGUGAAGGGCAGUGGGGCGCGGUGGGUAGCCAGGGCAGGUGGAGAGUUGGACGUGUGAAGGGAAGGCUGGGACGGAAUGACGUGGCCACUGGAGCUCGCGUGGCGUCUGACGUGGCAAGAGGAAGCAAGGGCAAGGGCGAUGGGGCAGGGGGGGCAGCAGGCAGCGCAGGCGCCUUGGAUGGUGGCCCUCUCGUGACUGGUCCAAGUGCUGGCAGCAGCGAGGACAGCCCCAGUGGCAACAGCAGCGGCAGCACCACCCCCAGCACCCCCAGCAGCAGCGGCAGCGGUGCAUGGCGGCUGCGCAUGGCUGCUGUGUCGGCGCUGUCUGCUGUGCGGGAGGCACAGCAGCGAGAGGAGGAGGCGCGCGGCGAGGCAGAGCGGAGGGCGAGGGAGGAGAGGGAGAAGGAGGAGAGGGAGAAGGAGGAGAGGGAGAGAUGGGCGGAGGUGGUGCGGCAGACGGGGGAGGAGGAGGAGGAGGAGGAGGAGGAGGAGGAGGAGGAGGAGGAGGAGGAGGAGGAGGAGGAAGAGGAGGAGGGGUUGGUGCAGGCAGUGGGGGCAGAAGGAGCAGUGGAACAAGGGGCAAUGGAGGGUGGGGGGGGGAGGCGGAAGAAGGGGAGUGGGGCGAGGGAGGGCGCGGUGGGAGACCAAGAGGGCAGGGGCGAGGCGGGAGGGGGCGCGGUGGGGAUGGUGUCCGCCGACAUGCUGCAGGCACUCAAGGCCGCCGCUGCUGCUGACGCCCAUGGGGCCAACGGGCGCGGUAAGAGAGAUCCACCAAAGGGCUCCUCCUCCGCUGCACCGCCCGCAGCAACACCACCAUCCGCACAGGCGCCAGCACCAGCACCAGCACCAGCACCAGCGUCCCCAUCAUUCACAUCCCCACCGCUCUCAGUUGCGUCAGCGGCGGGCGUGGCGAUCUACGUGAACUGCUCGGCAGUGGGGCUGCAGCGCGUGGCCGUGCUGGAGGACGGCCGCCUCGUGGAGCUCAUCGUCGCCACCACCGCUCCACCCUCACUCGCUGCCUUCGCCCCUCCCGCCUUCCCCUCCUCUCCUCUCCCUCCCUCCCUACCCACUCCUGAUGCAUCGCUCUCUCCACCUGUCCCCUCGCCCGCCCCACCACCAGCGCCCACCGCUGCACCCACCGCUGCACCCAGCAGCCCCUUCCCCUGCCCCCUUCCCCCCGCCCCUCGUGCGCCCUCGGCGGUGCGCGUGGGCGACAUCUACCUGGGCGUCAUCCGCUCGCUGCACCCCGGCAUGUCCGCCGCCUUUGUGGACAUUGGCGGCGCGGCGCCCUCGCUGCUGAACCUGGCGCACAACGACCGCCCGCUCACCUUCCCGCCCACCGGGGACGGCGGCGCUGCGCUCACCCGCGCGUGGAGCGAGGCGGCCGUGCUGGCAGGCGCAGGCACAGAGACAGAUGCAGGCAUGGGUAUAGGCAUGGGCGCAGGCUUGGGCGCGGUUGUAGUUGCGGACUCCAUUGGCGAGGCAGGUGCAGAGUCAGUUGGCGAGGCCGUUGCAGCGGGGGGGAGGGAGUACUUGAUAGCGGGCGGGGCAUGGCAUGGCGCUGGGGAGGGGCGAGUGGGGAGGGAUGGGGGUGCAGUGAUGCGCCGAGGGGUGGCAGGGGUGGUGGCGCUGGCAGGCAAGCAAGCGACGGACGAGGAUGAGCGGGAUGAUGAUGAUGAUGAUGGUGAUGGUGAUGGUGAUGGUGAUGGUGAUGAUGAUGAUGAUGAUGAUGAUGAUGAUGAUGAUGAUGAUGAUGAUGAUGAUGAUGAUGAUGAUGAUGAUGAUGAUGAUGAUGAUGAUGAUGAUGAUGAUGAUGAUGAUGAUGAUGAUGAUGAUGAUGAUGAUGAUGAUGAUGAUGAUGAUGAUGAUGAUGAUGAUGAUGAUGAUGAUGAUGAUGAUGGUGAUGAUGAUGGUGGAGGGGAGGGGGAGGAAUGUGAAGAGGAGGAUGAAGAGCGUGAGUGGGAGGAUGAGGAGGAAGGUAUAGAGGAGGAGAUAGCAGAAGAGGAGGCGGAAGUCGAAGAUGGGGAGAAAGAAGAAGAGGAGGAAGAAGAAGAGGAAGGGGAUGAGGAAGAGGAGGAGGAAGAGGAGGAGGAAGAGGAGGAGGAAGAGGACGAAAGCAGAGAUGAUGCUCAUGCUGGUGCUGGUGCUGGUGCUGGUGCUGGAGCUGGUGCUGGUGCUGGUGCUGGUGCUGGUGGCACGCAGUGGCAGCAAGGGGAAGUCUUAGGAGAGCGUGAGGACGAGGGAGAGGCGUGGGAGCAGGUGAAGGGGGAUAUUGAGGAGGGGGUUGAGGAGGGGGAUAUUGAGGAGGGGGUUGAGGAGGGUGGGACUGAGGACCGAGGGACGGAUGAAGAAGAGGAGGAGGAUGCAAAGGAGGAUGAAGGGGAGGAGGAUGAAAGGGAGGAGGAUGAAGGGGAGGAGGAUGAAGGGGAGGAGGACGAAAGGGAGGAGGACGAAAGGGAGAGAACUGAUGAGAGGCGGCGAAAGAAGAAGGUGAAGAAGCGGCAGCGGAAGGAACAUGGUCAUGAGCGGUGGGAGGAGGAGGAGGACGAGGAGGAGGAGGAUGAGGAGGAGGAUGAGAAUGGGGAGGAAAGGGAGGAGGAGGAGACGAAUGGGCAAGAGGAGCAGAAGGCACGUGAAGAGCCGGUGGACGAUGGGAGGGUAGAGGAGGGAGAGUGGGCAGGGGAUGACGAGGCAGAGGAGGGAGAGUGGGCAGGGGAUGACGUGGUAGAGGAGGGAGAGUGGGCAGGGGAUGACGUGGUAGAGGCGGCAGAGACCAGCUCCCAUCUCCACACCAACGACUCUAACGCCCACACUCCUCCAAACGACCAAACACCGCCGGACGACCAGCCACUCCCGAACGACCAAACACUGUCGAAGGAACAAACACUGUCAAGAGACCAGGCACCAUCGAACGAGCACCUGGCGUCCCAUGCGUCCACACCCCUCUCCCUCUCCCUGCACGCCCGCCCGCUCCCCCUCCUGCCCCAUCCCCGCCGUCCCCACCCCCGCCCUCCACCCCCCACCCCCUCGCAUCCGCACACCCCCUUCCCCACCCAGCCCCCUCCCUCCUCUCCCUCCCUCUUGAGGCGUUGUCUGCUGAAACCGCCCCCCUCCGCACUCUUACCACCCCCGUGCCUCCCACCACCCCUGUGUCGCUCAACCCCAGACCCUCCCUUCCGCCUCCACCGCCGACCCCUCGCCGCUCUCCUGCUGACCGCACCCCCUGUGCUGCCCUCACUAGUACCCUUCGCAGCAGCAGACGCAGCAGCAGCGCUGACAGCAGCAGCGGCAGCACUUGGUCGGAGGAGAGGAAGGGGCGUGCGAGCAGGAGAGACGCGGAUGCUGCAGAGGAGGAGAGCGAGGAGAGCGAAGAGAGCGAGGCGAAUGAGGAGCAAGGGGAGGAAGGGGAGGGAGAGGAGAGGAGGGAGAGGGCCGAGCAGGAGGCAAUGAUGCAGCCGCAGCAGCUCAAGACAAGCCAGCAGCAGGAGAGGCAACAGGAGCAGGAGAGGCAGCAGGAGCAGGAGAGGCGGCAGGAGCAGUCUCCCCCCCUGCGGCGGCCAUUCAACCGCCCGCGCCUGCUCUCCCUCGCUGCCACCCUGCCCCUGCCGCUCUCCCCCUCCCCCCGCCGGCGCUACUCCGCCCUCCUCUCCCAGCAGCUCAACCUCCCCCUGCCCCCCUCCCCCCCCGCCCCCCCUGCCAGCGCCAGGGGGAGGAGGAAGCGGGGGGCAAGCAGCAGCAAGGGGCAGCGGGGGAAGGAGGGCGCUGGAAGCAAGGGCUGGGGGGAAGGCUUGGGGGGAAGCGGAA